CAGAGAAGAGCGCGACCGCCAUUUUGAGCUUUCCCUUCCCUCAGACUCAAACACAUCACAAACCACAGGAGGAGUGCGGGUCCAGGCCAGGCGUCGUAUGACCGGACACAUUCCUCAUACCUGACGACAGGUUGGUUUCACAAUGCGACGGGGCGCCGCGUUUUGUUGUUUGUCUUUUUAGGGUCGGUUCGGGGAGCCGGCGGGGGUGAAAUUAGUGGCAACUCUUCGUCUCCGCGAACUUCCAAAUUGACGCUAACGUUGGUUGGAAACGGGUUUGAAUGGAUAGCUUCUUCCUCCGCUCUUCCCCGGUCGUUGGACAAUCGGAGGGGCACACGGACUGGGGAUAUUGCGGGCAAAACUGUUGAUUGUGUCCGCAGCAAAUGAGCCUUUGUUUUCACCGUUGCCCAUUUAUUACCGUUUGGCUGCCUAGCGUCAGGUAGCUCCGCGCUAGUUACCAGCGGGUUCCUGAAGAAGGUGCAAGUCGUGCUGCGAGUUCCUGUAAUUGCCCCUCGUUUCCCCGGGGUGAUUUAGGUCGCUUCAACGGGCUUUCCGUCUCCYGAGCCCUCGGUCCCGUCGUCAGCCAGCGACUCGCACCCACCAAAAGCGCCGAGAUUGGGCGAAUAGCGAGCAAAUACGUCCGCGUUUCUCUGCCCGCUCCCCAGCAGACCUUUCCUCCUCACUCCCCGGCGCUGACACCGGACAAGGCCGAGGUCGUCACAGAGCAGGCCCAGCCGCCGAGGCUUGACCUGUCCGCCCCACCUCUGCAUCUCACCACACCUCACCAGCAGUCCAGAGCCCGGUUCCCCGCCGUCGAGCCGAGCCCGGACAAGGUCGAGGGCGACAGAGACAGCAGGGAGCACCGCAUCACGACCACCACAGCCGCUGCCAACAUGAACCACCACCACACGCAGCAGCAGCAGCAGAAAGCCGGUGAGCAGCAGUUCAGUGAGCCGGAGGACAUGGAGAUGGAGGCUGGGGACACAGAUGAUCCUCCAAGAAUCCCAGCUAACCCAGUGAUCAAUGGUAACGUGGCCAUGGCAGAUGGACACAACAACACAGAAGAGGACAUGGAGGACGACACCAGCUGGCGAUCUGAGGCGACAUUCCGGUUUGUGGUGGAACGCUUCAGUCGCCUGAGCGAGUCUGUUCUCAGCCCGGCCUGCUUCGUCCGGAACCUGCCCUGGAAGAUAAUGGUGAUGCCGCGGUUCUAUCCUGACCGGCCUCACCAGAAGAGCGUUGGCUUCUUCCUGCAGUGCAACGCCGAGUCUGACUCCACGUCAUGGUCUUGCCACGCUCAAGCCAUGCUGAAAAUCAUCAACUACAAAGACGACGAGAAGUCGUUCAGCCGCAGGAUCAGUCACCUGUUCUUCCACAAAGAGAAUGAUUGGGGCUUCUCCAAUUUCAUGUCGUGGAGUGAUGUGACUGACCCAGAGAGGGGCUUCAUCGAUGACGACAAAGUCACAUUUGAAGUCUACGUCCAGGCAGACGCCCCACAUGGAGUGGCCUGGGACUCGAAGAAACACACAGGCUAUGUUGGGUUAAAGAACCAGGGAGCAACUUGUUACAUGAACAGCCUGCUACAGACACUCUUCUUCACUAACCAAUUACGACGGGCGGUGUACAUGAUGCCUACAGAAGGGGACGACUCAUCGAAGAGCGUUCCUCUGGCGCUGCAGAGGGUUUUUUAUGAGCUUCAACACAGCGACAAACCUGUUGGCACCAAGAAACUCACAAAGUCCUUUGGGUGGGAAACACUAGAUAGCUUCAUGCAACAUGAUGUACAAGAGCUGUGCAGAGUGCUCCUGGACAACGUGGAGAACAAAAUGAAGGGCACUUGUGUUGAAGGAACCAUUCCUAAACUAUUCAGAGGAAAGAUGGUGUCUUAUAUCCAGUGUAAGCAUGUGGACUACCGGUCUGAACGAAUAGAGGACUACUAUGACAUCCAGCUUAGCAUAAAGGGAAAGAAGAACAUUUUUGAGUCGUUUAAAGAUUAUGUUGCUACUGAACAGUUAGACGGAGACAACAAAUACGAUGCAGGAGAACAUGGUCUUCAGGAAGCAGAAAAGGGUGUGAAGUUUCUCACUUUCCCUCCAAUCCUUCACCUGCAGCUGAUGAGGUUCAUGUAUGACCCACAGACUGACCAAAAUAUCAAGAUUAAUGACAGGUUUGAGUUUCCAGACCAGUUACCUCUGGAUGAGUUCCUUCAGAAGCCAGACUCCAAGGACCCAGCCAACUACAUACUACAUGCAGUGUUGGUACACAGCGGGGACAACCAUGGCGGCCACUACGUCGUUUAUCUUAAUCCUAAAGGAGACGGCAAAUGGUGUAAGUUUGAUGAUGAUGUAGUGUCACGAUGCACCAAGGAAGAGGCCAUAGAACACAACUACGGWGGGCACGAUGACGACCUCUCAGUCCGCCACUGCACUAACGCAUAUAUGUUGGUUUAUAUCCGUGAGUCCAAGCUGAGUGAGGUGCUGCAGCCCAUGACUGAUGUGGACAUCCCUCAGCAGUUGGUGGAGCGUCUGCAGGAGGAGAAGAGAGUGGAGGCACAAAAGAGGAAGGAACGCCAAGAGGCUCACCUCUACAUGCAGGUCCAGAUGGUGACAGAGGACCAGUUCUGUGGGCAUCAGGGCAAUGACAUGUACGACGAGGAGAAAGUCAAGUACACGGUCUUCAAGGUCCUGAAAAGUUCCACUUUGCAAGAGUUUGUCCAGAACCUCUCCCAGACCAUGGGUUUCCCUCAGGACCAGAUGAGGCUGUGGCCCAUGCAGGCCCGCAGCAAUGGCACCAAGCGACCCGCCAUGCUCGACUACGAGGCUGAUUGCAACAAGUCGAUGAUUGACUUGAGUGACAACGAGAACCCCUGGACAAUAUUUUUGGAGACUGUGGAUCCAGAGAUGGCGGCCAGCGGGGCCACAUUACCUAAGUUCGACAAAGACCAUGAUGUCAUGUUGUUCUUAAAGAUGUAUGACCCAAAAACCAGGAGCUUAAAUUAUUGUGGACAUAUCUACACACCUAUAUCCUGCAAAAUAAGAGACUUGCUGCCGGUCAUGUGUGAGAGAGCAGGGUUUCAGCAGGAAACUAGCCUUAUCCUCUAUGAGGAAGUAAAGCCCAAUCUAACYGAGCGGAUACAGGACUAUGAUGUCUCUCUGGACAAGGCCCUGGAUGAGCUCAUGGACGGGGACAUAAUUGUCUUCCAGAAGGACGACCCAGAGAACGACAGCAGUGAGCUGCCUACGGCGAAGGACUAUUUCCGGGAUCUCUACCAUCGGGUUGACGUCAUUUUCUGUGACAAAACCAUCCACAACGACCCUGGCUUUGUGGUCACGCUCUCAAACCGCAUGAACUAUUUUCAGGUGGCCAAAACCGUCGCUCAGAGGUUGAACACAGAUCCAAUGCUGCUGCAGUUCUUCAAGUCACAGGGGUACAGGGACGGUCCAGGGAAUCCUCUCAGACACAACUACGAUGGGACACUGCGAGACCUGCUGCAAUUCUUCAAACCUCGGCAGCCCAAGAAACUUUAUUAUCAGCAGUUAAAGAUGAAGAUAACAGAUUUUGAGAACAGGAGGAGUUUUAAAUCCAUAUGGCUCAACAGCCAGUUCAGAGAGGAGGAGAUCACCCUCUACCCUGACAAACACGGCUGUGUGAGGGACCUUUUGGAAGAAUGUAAAAAGGCGGUGGAGCUGUCAGAAAACGGCUCUGAGAAGCUCAGGCUGUUAGAGAUAGUAAGCUAUAAAAUCAUCGGGGUUCACCAGGAGGACGAGCUGCUAGAAUGUUUAUCUCCUGCUGCCAGUCGCACCUUCAGAAUAGAGGAGAUUCCUUUGGACCAGGUGGACUUGGACAAGGACACUGAAAUGUUAAUCCCUGUUGCUCACUUCCAUAAGGAAGUCUUUGGCACCUUUGGGAUUCCCUUUUUGCUCAAGAUCCGACAGGGUGAGCCGUUUAGGGAGGUCAUGAGGAGGAUCCAGACCAUGCUGGACAUCCAGGAGAAAGAAUUUGAGAAGUUUAAGUUUGCGAUUGUGAUGAUGGGCCGACAUCAGUACAUCAAUGAAGACGAGUAUGAGGUCAACCUGAAGGACUUUGAACCACAGCCAGGUAACAUGUCCCACCCGCGCCCCUGGCUUGGCUUGGAUCAUUUCAACAAAGCUCCAAAGAGAGGUCGCUACACAUACCUGGAGAAAGCAAUCAAGAUCCACAACUAAAGCAGCCCACCCUUCCUCUUUCGUCCUCAUCGUCCUCAAAUCCCGCUCCGCCUUGCCCUCUCCUUCCUACUUUAACAAACCAUAACCACAGACRGUAACCAACCGUGUGUGUGUGUUUGUGUGAAAGGCUGUUUGGGCGUGUGCUUGUAUGUGUGUGUGUCCAUCACUGUUAACACCCACCUGGACAGCUCUGCACUGGCACCACGUCUUCAGAGAAACGGGAUCUCGCUGCAGCUGACGGAUUAUUCUUCAACCACAAAAAAACUGCACCAACCACCUCCCGACUUGAUUUUGUUGUACAUUUUAUAGGUUUUUUUUGUUUGUUUGUUUUUUCCUUUUAUCCGUCUCCCUCAGUGUUUGGAGGCUGUUCGGUCAUCUGCUCUUUUUUUUCCCCCCUGGCUUUUCUACCUGUUCACUGCCUGCUUUUUGUUGCCUGACUGGAAGUGGGAGACAUGAAAUUAGAUUUUAAGCUGAAAGAAGUAACGAGGGAAUACUUUGUGUCUUUUCCCUUGUUAUUCACUUUUUGUUUUCCAUGAGUUUAGGAUUUUUUUUUUUAAUAAAGAUCUUUUUAAAGAGGAA